AUGGCAACGACCAGUGAAAAAUUACUGUGUUUCACAUGUAAUGAAAAGAAAAUUACUUUUGUUUGUUAUGGAUGUUCAAAAAGAUAUUGUUUAGUUGAUUUAACAACACAUCGUGAAUUAUUACAUGAAGAAUUUCGUAAUAUUACUGAUCGUUAUGAACGAAUUCAUCAAUGGGAAUUAAAAUUAAUCGGGAAAAUUAAAAAAAAAGCACAAGAAUAUAGAGUAAUUGUUGUUAAAUUAUCAGAAAUAUGUAUUAAUGAUAUUGAAAUGAAAUUUACAGAUUUAAAAGAACAAAUUAAUCAAAUUGGUGAAGAAAAAGAAUUUAAUGAUAUCGAUGUAAUUCAUUUCAGAAACAAAUUAUCUGAACUUAUUGAAGAAUCAGAGAAUCUAUCAAAUGUUUUUAUUACAAAAGAUUUAAAAUCAUACAUGAACGAAAUUUCAACUAUUUUGUCAAAAAAAUCAAAAUUCAACGAAUGGAAACAAAAUGCUAUUACUGUAGCUGGUGGAUACGGACGUGGACGAGGACAAAAAUUGAAUCGAUUUCAUGGUCCUAUUGGAAUCUUUAUUGAUGACAAGAAAAAUAUUUUCAUCGCUAAUUCUUAUAAUCAACGCAUUGUUGAACGGAAACAUAAUGCAAAUGAAGGACAAAUUGUUGUAGGUGGAAAUGGUCAAGAAAAUCAAUUAACUCAGUUGUAUAGUCCAUGUGGUUUAUCUUUUGAUCAUGAAAGCAAUAUUUAUAUUGCUGAUUUUGCCAGCAAUCGCGUUCAAAAAUUUGAUUUACUUAUUUCAAGUUUUCAUUUUUUUUCAUAA